UCGGUCGCUGUGGGUAAUCCUGCAAAGGUCAUUAAAACCAUUACUCCAUCUUGAAAAAGCUUUGCCCUAUUAUUACUACCUACUUAAAGUACCGCUAAACCCUGUACACUGUUUAAAUAAAACUACAAAAACAAAAAUCAUCUUUUUUUUUCAUCCAUGAUUUAAAAAUGCAUCGUUCCAUUGCAUCAUGGACAAGACGUUCACCAAAUAUAAUCCAAAGGUCAAGACCUUGCAUCUCUGCCUCAUUACCACGACACAAAGACGAUCAACAGCCACCCCUUCCGUUGUCACUACGAGCAGCAGCAGCAGCUGUCACAUUACCUCCUCAAGAAACCACUGAAAGUACACUACCUUCCAUUCUGGCCAUGAACGAAAGUAUUUUAAACACUAUUCAUCAAGCGGGGUUACCAUGGUGGGCUACCAUCGUCACCGGCACACUUCUCUUACGAACCUCACUCACACUCCCCAUCGCCAUUUAUCAACAGCGUAGCAUGGGCACCAUGAUCAAUCUCGCUCCCAUGGUCCAAAGUUGGGCCGAGACGUUAAAAUCCCAAGUCGCUACCGAAUCCAAAUUAGCAGGCUGGUCUUAUAAAAAGUAUCAAGUCGAAUUACAAAAACAAUACAGUGCCAAGGUCAAAUCCAUUUACAAACAUUAUGGUUGCUCUCGUUGGAAACUGCUCACAUUGCCUUGGGUUCAAAUCCCUUUAUUUGUUUCCAUGUCUCUCACCCUGAGACAUAUGUCGGCCUAUCCGUUGCCAUGGUACGGUCAAACCGCUGAGUUACCGGUGGCGGGGUUAUCUGAAGGUGGGCUGGCUUGGUUUGUGGAUUUGACAGCAGUGGAUCCAACCAUGGUGAUACCUGUCAUGAUUGGCGCUGGUAAUCUUUUAAAUGUAGAGCUGAAUGCUUGGGCUUCUCGAGGACAACAAACGCGUAUGCAAAAGAUCAUGACAAAUACAUUUCGAGUGCUCUCAGUUGCCUUUGUUCCUAUUGCUGCCAAUGCUCCCAUGGCCAUUGGGGUUUACUGGCUUUCUUCUGCUUGGUACAGUGUUAUUCAGAAUAUAGCGUUCAAGAUACCAUCUAUUCGAACUGCAUUAAAAAUGCCACUCUUAAUAAAAAAGAAAAACUAAAAGUCACAUUUUUUUUUCUGGUUAUGUUGGGGGCGCUGAUCGAAUUGGGUGAGAGGAGGGGGGGUGCGGGUGGCCGCUCCGAACAAAAUAGAACGACCAUGAUCAAUUAUAAGUCUCCCUCUUCCCGAACAUCUAUAAACGUCCGAAAUGGUAAAGAGUCGAAUUUCACAACAUAGAAAGCAACCAUGUAUACAUAA